AACAUUGUGAACGGUCAAAAGAUUUAUGCUACAAGCUGCCACUUUAGCAGGAUCUCAGAACAUUAAAAUGUGCAUGGUACAUCAAUGUCAAAACAUUAGACAAAUUGAUCAUAUAUUACUUUGAAAUCUGGGGCCUCAAACGCACUAGCCUCACAUAAAUUAUAUGUUGAUCAUACACAGCGGUGAUUGCAGCAAAAGAAGAAUGGUUUAUCAAUGGUUUUUUAUUAUCAAAUUCAUGUGCCUUCUUUGCUUUGUUGCUGGUCAGAACAGUAGCAAUACACAACCACUUGAUUAUAGAUAUGCUUGUUUGGACCAAACUUCUGUUCCUCCUUCUACUACAUACCAAACCAAUCUCGACGAUUUGAUCUCUUCCCUCUCAUCUGAUUCUGCUACCAGCAAUGGUUUUGGGAAUGGAACUUCAGGUAUUGAUGAAAACAUGGUUUAUGGACUCUAUCUUUGUCGUGGCGAUGUGAACACCAGCCUUUGCCACUCAUGUGUUCAAAACUCUAGCAUAUUGCUCAAGCAGCACUGCCCCAACACUGCCUCAGCUAUUUUGUGGUACCCCUUUUGUCUUCUGAGGUACUCAAACCAGAAUUUCUUUGGCAACCUCACCUUAACGCCUAGGAUUCCGAUGUUUGACGCCACGCAAAAUUUUACUAGUGCUGGAGAGUUUGACAGUGAUGCCAGGGUUUUGAUGAAUGGUUUAAUACAAAUGGGGUCAGAGGAACCCUUGAUGUUUGGGACACAUAUGUUCAAUAUAAAUGGCACUCAAAGAAGGUAUGGUUGGGUACAGUGCAGCAGAGAUAUUACAACUGAGGAAUGCAGAACAUGUUUGAGCAAUAUGCUUGAAGAUGUUGAGAAUUGCUGUGAGGAGAAGAAGGUGUGGCGUGUCUUUUCUCCAAGUUGUAUUGUGAUGUAUGAAACUCAGCCAUUUUUUUUGAAUGGAACUUCUGAGCCAACGCCUCAGCAAGACGAAGAUGGGGAUAACAGAAGGUGGUUGAUUAUAGUAAUCAUUUCUGUAUCUGGAGUUGUGGUAGUAGCUCUAUUGUCUAUCAGCACAUACUACUUCUGGUGUUUGAAAUGGAAAAAAGACAAACAAGCUAUUCAAGAGGAUGGACUAAAUUCAAUGUUUUCUCAAGAUCAAACGGACAAGGAGGAGAGUAUGAAUGCUGACCUUCCUAUGAUGCCUCUGAGUACUAUUCUAAAAAGUACAAAUAAUUUUUCUGAUGAGCAUAAACUAGGGAAAGGUGGAUUUGGCCCUGUCUAUAAGGGAGUUUUACCAGAUGGAAGGCAAAUUGCUGUUAAAAGGCUUUCAAAAACUUCUGUUCAAGGUGUGGAGGAAUUCAAAAAUGAAGUAAUAUUGAUAGCAAAAUUACAGCAUCGCAACCUUGUGAGACUGUUGGCUUGCUGCAUUGAGCAAAAUGAAAAGCUUCUUGUCUAUGAAUUCAUGCCAAAUUCAAGCCUUGAUUUCCACUUAUUUGAUAUGGAGAAGGGUGAACAUCUGGAAUGGAAAAACCGAUUAAACAUUAUUAAUGGGAUUGCUAAAGGGCUUCUAUAUCUACAUGAAGACUCUAGGCUAAGGGUUAUUCACAGAGACCUGAAAGCUAGUAACAUUCUAUUAGAUCAUGAAAUGAAUCCAAAAAUUUCAGACUUUGGAUUGGCAAGAACAUUUGGAGGAGACCAGAAGCAGGCAAAUACAAUUAGAGUUGUGGGAACUUAUGGAUACAUGGCUCCUGAGUAUGCUAUGGAAGGCUUGUUUUCAGUAAAGUCAGAUGUUUUCAGCUUUGGUGUUCUUUUGUUAGAGAUCAUCAGUGGAAAAAGGAGUAGUAAAUUCUAUCUGUCAGACCAAGGCCAAAGCCUUCUCAUAUAUGCAUGGAACCUCUGGUGUGAGAGGAAAGGUUUGGAAUUGAUGGAUCCAAUAAUAGAAAAGUCAUGCGUACGUAGUGAAGUUCUGAAGUGUAUGCACAUUGGACUAUUGUGUGUACAAGAAGAUGCAGCAGAUAGACCAAAAAUGUCAAGUGUUGUUCAUAUGCUUGCAAGUGACACAGUGAGUCUUUCCGUCCCCACACGCCCUGCAUUUUCUGUUGGAAGAGCUGUCACUGAACGCGAGUGUUCAUCAAACACUUCUAUGCAUUACUCUGUCAAUGAAGCAACAGUCUCUGAAGUGAUACCAAGGUGACAAAUAGAACUGGACAUGCUUUUCUUCUUAGCUUUUGUAGGAUGCAGGAAUUCUGUGUAUAAGUUACCUAAAGACAGAAGAUUAACAUAUUUUUAGGAAGAUGAAAUAAUUUUUUGGUGUAUAAAAAUGAUCGAGUUUCGGAAAGUAUACUUUGGCUUAAUUGUAUUUAUUAUCAUGGGUGAUGUUCUGUUUUUUUUUUUUUUUUUUAUGGUAAUCACCUUAACCAAGGUCUUUAGCUUUAGUUUUUGGUGAGACUAUGAGGUAUUCCGAUCUUGUAAGCUUUGGUACUUUAGAUUGACUAUGAGAUUAAUCUUUAUUCCCUCUCCACGAAUGAUGAUGGGUCAUGUACUCAUUAUUUGAACA